GUUACGUAUCUCCAUGUUGCUAUUAUUUUAAUUAUAAAUCAUGAGUGAUAAAUCCAAGAUAACAAAACUUCCUCACCAUCUGCAACAGAAACUUUGUCAUACAAGACCACCUUAUAGACAAGGGAAAAAGUUGACAUCCGUGAAGGUUUAUACAAUAAAUGAUGAAUCGAAGCAUUUGAUGAUAUGUGGAGUACCAAAGCUCCAAUUAGGUGAAGAGAUAAAGAAGCUAGUUAAACCUUAUGGAGAUGUAAGAAAAAUUCAUGUAGUACCUGAUUAUCCUACAGAAGAAUUUACAGAUGCAUAUUACAUACAAUAUGGUCGUAUACAAAGUGCAAGAAUAGCAAAGCGUUUUAUUGAUGGUAAAAAUUUUUAUGGGGGCUCGCUACAUAUAUUUUAUGUACCUGAACUGGAAUCUGUAGCAGAAACUGAAGCUAAACUCACUCAACGUAGUAAAGAAGUCACUAUACGCAUAAAGAAAAAUCAGCAAGAUGCUUUGAAUCCGAGUACAGACAAAUUUGUACUCAAAGAACAGUAUCACAGAAGAAAGAGAACACCAGCUUUACCUCUGACAAAGGAACGUUUAAUUAAACAAUACCCUGGAGAAACAUUGACUUCUAUUUAUAAUGGUAUUCCACAAAACAUAGACCCGAGGCCAGUGUCUGAACCUAGUUUACCUUCAACCUCAUACAGUUCUCAAAAUAGUAAAUCAAAUGCACCUGCCAUACCUCAAGCUCCGUAUCAUCCAAGUGAAGCUAUCCUCAAAGAAACAAUACCAAAGUUUGAUACUGCAAGAGGCAAAAAAAGAAAUUAUAAAGGACAAUCUGUUGAUAAUAAUGUAAAAUUCAAAAUAGUAAGACCCCAAAUAGUAAACACAAGCACCAUAGUAAAGUGGGAUACUUCUGAGAGAAAAGUUUUUAGUAAUCCUAAAAAAGUUGAUAGUAAUAUAACUAUUAAAUUAAUUUCGAAAAGUGAUAAUGAUAAGAAGAGAAUUGUAAUAAAGGAUCCAAGUGUGUCACAAUUAAUACAACCAAGCAAAGACCUUCAAGUUUCCAUUCAAGAAGCCAAAUCUCAGAUACGUGCAGCAAUGCACGUAAAUAAUUUGGAGAAAUCAUUGCAAUAA